AUGUUGCUACGAUUCGAGUCGAAAUGGGGUCAAUUCCGACUGAACGUCGAGCCUACCGAACAUUUCUCAUCCCUAACUUCCCAGAUCCUUGACCACCUUCCCCCGAAUACCGACGCCUCUUCAAUAGUCCUUAGCAACAAGCCCGUCAGCUCGAAACCGGACCCAAGUCGAGAGCGACGUCUCGUCGACCUCCCCGGGGUAGAACUGCGCCAGGUUGGACUCAAACAUGGAGAUAAAUUGUAUAUCGGGUUUUCUGAACAUGACACCAUACCCAACGGUCACACCAACGGUGAUGUCGCAUCUGCCCCUCGACGCUUGAAUGGCACCAUCGCAUUACCAGAGCCUGCCGCUCCCGUAACCGCUCCGACAAUUACCUCUCCAACACUUGUUAAAAAUCCAUGGGAAGUUGUGAAACAAUCAGCCUUGGACGACAGGUUAGACAAGCUGGAUGGAAAGAUUUCAAGACCCAGAGACCUUAAGAUGUGUCGACAUGGGCCCAAAGGCAUGUGUGAUUAUUGCCAGCCUCUAGAACCCUACGACAAGAAAUACCUCGACGAGAAGAAAAUAAAGCAUCUAUCCUUCCACAGCUAUCUGCGCAAAAUCAACUCCGCCACGAAUAAGCCCGAAUUGAAGAGCUCGUACAUGCCCCCGCUUUCUGAACCUUACUAUCGAGUGAAGAAGGACUGCCCGUCUGGCCAUCCUCCCUGGCCCGAAGGAAUAUGUACGAAAUGUCAACCGAGCGCCAUCACAUUACAGCCACAAGAGUUUCGAAUGGUGGACCAUGUUGAAUUUUCCUCGGCAGAUAUGGUGGACAAACUGAUCGAUUUCUGGAGAAAAUCAGGCGGUCAACGGCUGGGGUUUUUGUAUGGUCGAUACGAAGAAUACACAGAAGUCCCCCUGGGUGUGAAGGCUGUGGUUGAAGCCAUCUACGAACCACCUCAAAUGUGCGAAGUUGACGGGCUUACACUGCUCGAAUGGCCGAAUGAAAAGGAUGUCGAUGACGUCGCCCGCCUUUGUGGACUCGAACGGGUGGGAGUCAUUUUCACCGAUCUACUGGCCCCUGAAGAAGGAGAGGGUCAAGCUGUUUGCAAGCGACACAUCGACUCGUAUUUUCUUUCAUCUCUGGAGAUUGCCUUUGCGGCUCGGCUCCAAUCUCAAUAUCCAAAGCCUUCGAAAUGGAGCGAGACGGGGCGGUUCGGGUCAAAUUUCGUGACAUGCGUGGUCACCGGAGAUGAGGACGAAAGUAUCACGAUCCGAGCUUACCAGGCAUCAAAUGCCGCUGUCGAAAUGGUUCGCGCAGACAUUGUGGAACCUUCGGCAGAUCCCUCGGUGAUGUUGGUCCAGUCCGAAGAUGAUCAAGGCCCCAACGGCAGAACUCGAUACAUACCUGAAGUUUUCUACCGUCGUUUCAAUGAGUAUGGUGCAAAUGUGCAAGAGAAUGCUAAGCCCAGCUUUCCCGUGGAAUACUUGUUGGUGUCCUUGACAGCGGGAAUGCCCAUCAAGCCGAACCCUCUAUUCAAGAACGGCAAGUUUCCAGUUGAAAAUCGGGAAGCUGUGGCCGAGGGACAGGAUCCUGCGGACGUGGCUAAACAACUGCGCUCGUCGCAAUCGAUAGACGCAGUUUCCGACUUCCACCUCUUGUGCUUUUUGCACGGUAUGGGUGUAUUCAGCAAGGAAGAAGAACAGAUUCUAUGCCGAGUGGCAACCACGCGUGACCAGGUGGACGCGAUCCAUUUGACGGAAUCACCAGGAUGGGGGACCCUGUUGGCGAUACUCGAAACAUAUGGUGAGCGGCCCUUGAAGCGUCCGUGGCGUUUACAGGCAGAGGAUGAAUUUUUCGACCCUGGCAGCCCGUCAGAAAGUCUGGCUAAGCGAUUCAAACAGGCGGCUAGUCUUGACCACUGA